GACCCUUUGGCUUUCUCUCCCCCUUUCAGCCCCCGCAAUGCUGAAUGUCACCUUCACUGCUGCUGCGGAAGACAAAGCGGAAGAAGAAACCCACACUCUGGCUUCCUCAGACAUGGAGCAGGAUAUGCUUCUCUGCACUCCAAUGAAGGAAUUAGCAGAUAAGCUCCAGAUUGCCAAAAACGAACAGAAGGAGAAGCACACUUUGUGGAUGAGUCAGAUAUACAUUUCCUUCGUCAACAAAUUCUUUGCUGGCUACAAGCACUUGCAAGUUGUGAAGGGAACCAUUUUAGACAACAGGAUCUGGGACGCAGAACUGUGCGCUCUGAGGAAGAUCCAAGAGGAGGAGGAGGAAGCAGCAAAGCUGAAUGCUCUGCAGGAGGCAAAAGAAGCCAGAAAACUGGAUGAAGCCGCAGCAGAAAAGGCAGCUUUGGAGCUGGAAGAAAGUUUGUGCUGAGAGAUGGAGGAAGUCUCUGUGCAACUUCCGACUCCACCGAAAGAAGAAGCCCCUGUUUUGCCCCAAGUGCCACCAAGCAUCAAGACUACUACAGGAGGAAAGAAAAAGGGACAGCAGAGUGCCAUGACACCAAGCAGGUCCUGUCUCUGUUGCUCAGAGCCUCAAAAUUGAAGGUGGCUUGGAGGUAUAUACAGUAUACAAUUAGUAAAAGUAUUUCUAUUACGAUGACGUCUAGUUAGAAACUUAGGUCUGAGCACUUUGAAACACAUCAGUAACUUUACUAGGGCUGUGCCAAUGGACUGUGUUUCCACUAUGCAGAGGUAGGAUUGUUUUGUGGCUGUAACUGGUAAGUAACCUAUAAGCUGAAUUGGGAGAAGGAACAGAGGUUUCCUUUUAAGUGGCAAGAUCUCAUGUUAAUUGUGUUCUCUUCCCUCAUUUAAAACCUUAAUACAUAGUAAUACACGAGUUGUCUAUUAUUUUAACAAGGUUGAUUUCACCAGAUGGACCUUGAAUAGGACCAAUUUAUAUAAUAACAAUCAAUACAGCAGAUGAGUCUUUGGGCCUUUGGACUAUAUACUUACUAAGGUCAUGCUCUCAGAGAUUCCUUGGAGCUGAAGCCUAAAACUCUGGAAGAGUGACAGAUUCUCUGCUGGUGUUUUAAAGGCCAUUUGUUAUUCCAUACAACCUGAU